AUGCCACCAACGAAAGAUGCCGAUGAAAAAUCAAUUGCUAAUCUUGUUGAAAAAUAUAUCGACGAAAAUGAUGUGAUGAUAUUUUCAAAAUCGUGGUGCCCAUAUUGUAAAAAGAUCAAAGAUGCAUUAAAAUCAGCUAAGAUUGAAUUUCAUUCAAUUGAAUUAGACAAAAUGGAUGAAGGUGAUCAAAUUCAAAAAGAAUUAUUUAAGAAAACAAAACAAGAAACAGUUCCAAACAUAUUUAUCAAACAACAACACAUUGGUGGAUGUGAUAAAACACUUGAAGCAUUGAAAUCAGGACGUGUUGCUACUCUUCUCAAUCCUCCUGAAUCUGAGAGAAAACAUAAAAAAGUUGACAACGAUGAUUUAGAUUCAAAAGAUGCCGAUGAAAAAGCAAAUGCUAAUCUUGUAGAGAAGUAUAUUGUUGAAAAUGACGUUAUGAUAUUUUCAAAAUCGUGGUGUCCAUAUUGCACAAAGGUUAAAGAUGCAUUAAGGUCAGCUAAGAUUGAAUUUUAUUCAAUUGAAUUGGAUAAAAUGGGUAGAGAUUUAUCUUUAUUUAAAUUAUUAAUUUAUAUAUUUAUAUAUUAUUUAGCUGAAGGUGAUCAAAUUCAAAAUGCAUUAAUCAAUAAAACAGAACAAGAUACAGUUCCAAAUAUAUUUAUCAAACAACAACAUAUUGGUGGAUGUGAUAAAACUCUUGAAGCAUUGAAAUCAGGACGUGUUGCUACUCUUCUUAAUCCACCUGAAUCUGAGAAAAAACAUAAAAAAGUUGAGAACGAUGAUUUAGAUUCAUAUGAUUACGAUUUAAUCGUUAUUGGAGGAGGUUCUGGUGGACUUGCUUGUUCAAAAGAAGCUCGAUCAUUUGAGAAAAAAGUUUGUGUACUUGAUUUUGUUAAACCAACACCAAUUGGAACAACUUGGGGACUUGGUGGAACUUGUGUUAAUGUUGGUUGUAUUCCAAAAAAAUUAAUGCAUCAAGCAUCAUUAAUUGGUGAAUAUGUUCAUGAUUCCGUUGAUUAUGGAUGGUCACAACUUGAUCAAGCUCGUCAACAUAGUUGGUCAAAAAUGAUUGAAUCUAUUCAACAGUAUAUUCGUUCACUUAAUUUUAAAUAUCGAGUUGAUCUUCGUUCGAAAGGUGUUACCUAUGAAAAUUCUUAUGGAGAAUUUCUUUCACCACAUCGAUUAAAAUUAACAGACAAAAAAGGUAAAACAAAAGAAAUAACUGGUGAAAAAAUUGUUGUUGCUGUUGGUGGAAGACCAAAAUAUCCUGAUAUUGAAGGUGAUCAACAAUAUGGAAUAACAAGUGAUGAUUUAUUUUCUCUUAAAUAUGAUCCUGGAAAGACAAUUGUUGUUGGUGCAUCAUAUGUUGCACUUGAAUGUGCAGGUUUUUUACAUGGCAUUGGUCGAGAAGUUCAAAUAUUUGUUCGUUCAAUACUUCUUCGAGGAUUUGAUCAACAAAUGGCAUCGAAAAUAGGAGAUUAUAUGUCAACGAUUGGAAUGAAAUUUCAUUAUCAAAGAAUUCCAACACGUUUAGAAUGUUUAGAAGAAGGAAAACCAGGAAAACUACGUCUUCAUUAUCGUCAAACACUUGAAUCAGGUGAAAUUGAAGAAUCUUAUGAAGAUUGUAAUACUGUUUUAUUUGCUAUUGGACGUGAAGCAUGUACAAAUGAAUUAAAUUUGGAUAAAAUUGGUAUUGAAGUAAAUAAAGCUAAUGGUUUUAAAAUAAAAACAAAAGAAGAACAAUCUAUUGAUAUUCCAUGGUUAUAUGCUAUUGGAGAUUGUAUUGAUGAACAAACGAUGCCACCUGGACAACCUUUAGAAUUAACACCUGUUGCUAUUCAAGCAGGUCAAUUAUUAGCUAAACGAAUGUUUUCUAAUAGUACAAUAAAAAUGGAUUAUUAUAAUGUACCAACAACAGUUUUUACUCCAAUAGAAUAUGGUGCUAUUGGUUAUAGUGAAGAAGAUGCACUUUCAAAGUUUGGUGAAGACAAUAUUGAAAUAUUUCAUAGUGAAUUUGUUCCAUUAGAAUGGUCAAUAUGUCAUCAUCGUGAUCAAGUUAAGACAAUGUCAUAUUGUAAAUUAAUUGUCGAUAAAAAUACAGAUCGUGUUAUUGGUUUUCAUGUAUUAUCUCCAAAUGCAGGUGAAAUAACUCAAGGUUAUGCUCUUGGCAUGAGACUUGGUGCAACAAAAAAUGAUUUCGAUAUGACUAUUGGAAUUCAUCCAACAUGUGCAGAAAAUUUAACGACAUUAUCAGUGACAAAAUCAUCCGGUGAUUCGGCUGCACAAGAAGGAUGCUGA